CUCUUUCCCCAUUGGUUACUUCCUCCCAAGUCUUGAUAUAAAGGCUGUCAACGAAGCUUGGCUAUUAAGGUCUCUGAGGGCUUGGGUCCCAGAUUCCCAAGGAGGUCCCUUGGAGAAGCCUCAGACAGAGAAGGACAAAGGUUGCACCCCUGGGACUGAGAAGAGAUGAAGUUCUCUGUGAUCCUCUCACUUGUCCUGUUGGGGACAGUCUCCUCUUUUCAUUUGAAGAAUGAGGUUCUCAAGAUAGAGACGACAGAGGAAGAAGAGAUGUUGAAUCAAGAACAAGAGAUGUCAGAUGAAGAGGAGAUUAUGGCCUCUGGGGAAGAUGACUCCAGGUGGGAGAAGGAAGAAGCGACAGAGUUAGUCCCAGUCCAAGCUACCAAGGAAGGUGAUAAUUUGUGCCCCAAGGAAGAGGACAUAGUUCAUUUGACAGGGACCCCAGGAUGCCAGACCUGCCGCUUUCUGCUAAUCAGACGACUAGAAUCAUUUCCAAGCGCCCAAACCACUUGCCAGCGCUGCUACAGGGGCAAUCUGGUCUCCAUCCACAACUACAGCUUCAAUGAUGUAAUCUAUAGAACGUCUCGGGGAGUCAACCAGGCCCAGAUUUGGAUUGGAGGACGUGUCACUGGUUGGGGUCGCUGUAAGAGAUUCUUCUGGCUUGAUAGGAGCAGCUGGGAUUUUGCUUACUGGGCAGCAGGCCAGCCCAGGAAUGGUGGGGGCAAUUGUGUGGCCUUGUGCACCAAAGGGGGUCAUUGGCGAAGAGCUCCAUGUAUCCGGAGGCUGCCCUUUAUCUGCUCUUACUGAACCAGGCCAGUCUUUCCAAUGGCUGCCACAGAGAAUCCCCUGCAGACUCUGCUGUCAGCUCCCUCCCUCCCCUUUCUGAAAUUCCAGUUCUCCUUUAUUUGCAAUAAACUAGAGUUCUUGAAAUGAGAA